AAUUAGAAAUGGCAAAUCAUAAUGUUAUUGAAUCGGAAAUGUCUAUAGUAAAGGAGCCUGUUGUAUGUUAUAACCGGUUUGAGAAACCUCAUAAGAAAUUGGAUGGUGCACUGGCAAUUCCAUAUGUUCUUGACAAUAUAAAAGACUUUGAAAAUGUUGAGGAGGAAAUUUUAUCACGUACUCUUCCAAAACAGUGGGUGAAAAUUGAGCUUGGUCACAUUUGUUAUCAGCUUUCUAAUACAUCUAAAGCUGAUCAGUAUGAUUUAAAAGCGGAUGGAGCUAUUAUUGCAUUUGUUACUGAAGCAAAAUAUAAAAAAAACAUUCAUUUAUGUGUUUAUCAGGAAUAUAAAGAUGAUAAAGCUAAUAAGAGAAUUCGUGAUUUACUUAAUUUUAUAUUUCCUAAUGGUUCACCAAAAGGAAAGCGAUUUCUUAUUAAAUCAUCAUUAGAUAUAAAUAGUAAAACUUUUUUACCUGAACAAAUUAUUAGUCAAGUAUUUAUAAAGGAACAUAUUAAUAUUUGGAUUGAAAUAGAAGAUAUUGAAAUAAAAUUUGAUGAUUUAUUUGAUUAA